AUGGCUGCAGAAUUCUUCGAAAGGGCUGCAUUCUCAGACAAAGCCUCUGUGCCAUCAAAAGUGCUCAAGCUCAAGCCAACGCCAAUUUGUUUGUUGCCAAAUUUUUCGGUUGUGUCGGCCUUAUGUCCUUCCUCUCCUUCGUCCCUGAGCACCAACGACCUGUCUUUACUGUUCGAAGCCUCUGGCCGGACGGUGAAUCCAGUGAACAGAGCAGUCGGACUGUUGUGGACAGGAAACCGGCACAUUUGUGAAUCAGCUGUAGAGACGGUGCUCCGAGACGGAAGCAUAAAUCCCAUGCCUGACCUAUUUUCAUUUGGAUCUACUCAAGUGAGAUAUCCGAUACAGUGUUACCGCCAUGUUGUAUACGAAGAGGCGAUCAUUUUGCUCUGUACUCCAUCUUUUCAUUCAGAAAACCCAGAAAAAUUUCAACAUUCCGAUAAGAAAACCCUAAUCGUGAUAUCUUCUCCUCUAAAACGCAAUGGUGCUGUGGCGUAUACGUGCAAAUAUGGAGGAAAUCGAUGUUGGACGUCGUUACUGUUAUACCAUGGUGGAGAGUUCACCAAAUUUCCUGGAAGAAAGUACAUCAAAGGAAAACAAACGUAUAUAGACUUACUCGACAUGGAUACUUUCUCAGUGCAUGACAUUGAUGAAAUGAUGGAACAGUUAGGUUAUGUUGAUGAAGGAUGUGAGACAUCUGGGCUUUUCUUAGAUUGGUAUGAUACUGGGGAGACAAAUGUUGUUGGGGAUGCUUCUAAAGAGGCUAAUGUAAUGGACGUCACUGGAGAUGACAAUAUGGACAUAACUGAUAAUGGGGAUAAUAACAAGAAAGGAAAUCCAUGCGUUGAAGUUGAAAUUGGGGACAAAUUUGAGCACACGAAUGAAGUUGAAUUUAGGGAUGGUAACAAGGGUGGAGAAGAUCCAUGGUCUGAAUUUGAAAGUGGGGAGAUGUUUGAGGACAUAAACGAAGAAGAAUUUGGAAGUGGGGACAACUUUGACGAUGAUAGUGGUUAUAAAUCUAGUGAGUCCGAUGAUAUAGACUUUUAUGUUGACAAUGACAACAUCUUAGAUGAUGUAGAAGUUGACAUGAAUGAUUUCAAUGAUAACAUUGAUAUGGAUGCAGAGUGGGUUGGAGGUAUGAAUGACAAUGUGGUACAAGAAGAGAAUGAAGUUGGAGAGCUUAAUGAAGUACUAAAUAACGAGGUACUUUUGUCAGGAUCAUCUUCGGAUGAAGGUCCAGUUGGUCAACGAAAGAAGACCAUCAAAGCUAUCCAACGAGCUCAUGAGAAUGAUGAAGCAAAUGUUGCUGAACCAUUUUAUAUCCUUCAAACCUUUAAUACAGCCCAAGAGUUUAAAGAAAGAGUUAAAGUCCAUGCUAUUGAGACAAGAAGGGAACUUGGUUUUGAAAAAAAUGACAAGAAUAGGGUAAGAGUUGUGUGUAGGGGGACAAUACCAAAACUGGGAAACUUAGACAAAAGUGGGGAAGGUCAACAAGAAGUCAACAAUGAAGAUGAAGAGAAGUGCCCGUGGAGCCUCUACGCUAGUAAAUGGAAACGUGAUACAAACUGGAUGGUCAAGUCUUACAACAAAGAACAUCGUUGUCUCCAAACUCGGAAUGUUAAAGCGUGUACUUAUAAGUUUCUUGCCAAAAAGAUUACAACUCAGGUGGAAUCUAACCCAACUAUUCCAAUUCGUGCUUUACAAGAACAACUGCAACGUGAUUACCAAGUGGGACUUUCCAAGAUGAAAGUGUUUAGGGCUAGAACUGAAGCUCUCAAUCAGGUGCGAGGGGAUUAUCGAGGUCAGUAUGCUCUAUUGAGAGACUAUGUUCAAGAACUUCAAAAACAUAACCCAGACACGACUGUAAAGAUUGAUGUAGAGCGUGAACCAAAUCCAAAUUCAGAAACUAGAACUUUCAAGCGCAUAUACAUCUGUCUUGGUCCUUUAAAAAAGGGAUUUGCUGCUGGAAGAAGAGACUUUCUUGGUCUCGAUGGUGCUUUUAUGAAGGGUCCAUACCCAGGACAAAUACUUUCAGCUGUGGGAAUUGAUGGUAAUAAUGGAACAUAUCCACUGGCUUAUGCUGUUGUGGAAUCUGAGAGUACCAACUCAUGGACUUGGUUUCUAACUUGUCUAGGGGAUGAUUUGGGUUUAGGAACAAACUCAAAUUUUACGUUUAUGACAGACAGACAAAAGGGAGUGUUACCUGCUAUAACAAAGUUGUUUCCAUGCGCUGAGCAUCGUUAUUGUCUUCGUCAUAUCCAUGAAAACAUGAAAGCUAAUUGGAGGGCAAAGCAAUUCAAAGACUUGCUAUGGGAUUGUGCAAAAGCAUCUACUAUUCAACAGUUUCAACGAUCAAUGGAGGAACUUAGAAAACUUAAUAAUGAUGCGUAUGAGUGGCUUAAAAACAUUCCUCCUCAACAUUGGUCUCGUUCACACUUUACAGGUAGAGCUCAUACAGAUGCUAUGCUUAACAAUAUGUGUGAAUCUCUAAAUAGCAAGAUUGUUGAAGGUCGUGAUGUACCAAUCAUUACAUGUUUGGAGUACAUUAGAGAGUACUUAGUGAAGAAAAUUGUAACUGUGCAAAAGGAAAUUGAUAAAGCUGUAGGUCCCUUGACUCCUACAGCUACCAUAUGGGUUGAAAAACUGAAGAAAGAGGCUUCACAAUUAAGGUCUGUUUUUUGUGGGAAUGGGAAAUAUCAAGUCAGUAAAAAUCUUUUGGAACAGUUUGUGGUAGAUAUGGGCCAACAAACAUGUUCAUGUAGAAGGUGGGAACUAAUAGGGAUACCAUGUGCACAUGCAAUAGCAUGUAUGUGGGAGAUGUUGAAGAACAAAGAAAUUGAUAAGAUACCUGAACAUUGGUCCAUCGAACGUAUUGGUUAG